AUGUCUACUUCUAUCGAAGAUCCCACAGCAGGUCCAUCGACAUACAAAGAAAAAAUAUCAUUACAUAUCCCCCGUUCUUUGCUCAUCUUACCCCCAUGCUCGGCCAUGUUAGGAAUGUUGAUUGGUAUUUCAAGAGGAGGAUCGAAAGCUAGGUUGAGAUUUUUGGCUGAGAAUGCACAUAGGUUACCUACUACUAUACAAGGAUGGUACUUUUACACCAAAACCCGAAAUUAUCGUAUUCUC